AUGGCCGCUCCACCGCCCUUGAAUGGCAUUCGAGUUGUCGAGCUAGCUGGUCUAGCUCCAGGCCCUUUCGCCGGUCUCCUUCUGGCCGACUAUGGCGCAUCAGUCCUUCGAAUUGACCGGCCAUCCUCAGUCAGCGCAGAUCAACUUACUCGUCAUAAGACUUCCAUUACCCUCGACUUGCGCGAGGCGAAAUCGCGAGAGAUCCUUCUCCGCAUCCUAACCGCCACCGAUGUUUUGAUUGACCCCUUCCGUCCCGGCGUUCUCGAACGUCUCGGUCUCUCGCCAACGGAAGUUCUCCUCAAACAUAAUCCGCGUCUUAUUGUGGCGCGCAUGACGGGAUUCAGGCGCGAUGGGAAAUACAAAGAUAUGGCCGGUCACGACAUUAACUACAUUGCCGUAUCGGGCGUCCUCUCCAUGCUUGGCCGCGCAGGAGACAAACCCUACGCACCAGGUAACAUUCUCGGUGAUUUUGCUGGAGGUGGUGCUAUUUGUUUCUUGGGUAUCAUUCUCGCCUUGAUCGCUCGCACCAGCACCGGCCGCGGCCAAGUCGUAGAAGCCAACAUGGUCGAUGGAUCCGCCUACCUUGCAACGUUCCCUCGCCUAGCCACGAAACUCCCCUCCUGGAAUGAACCGCGCGGCGAAAACCUACUCGAUAGCGGAUGUCCAUACUACGAUACCUACGAGACUAAAGAUUCUGGGAAAUACUUUGCCGUCGGCGCACUCGAGCCGCAAUUCUACGCAGCCCUACUCCGCGGACUACAGCUCGACCCGAAGAGCCUGCCAGCACGCGAAGACCGAGACAGUUGGCCCGCGCUGCGCGACAUUUUCACUCGUCGCUUUAAGGAAAAGACACGCGCCGAAUGGGAGGCCGUAUUCGAUGGCACAGAUGCCUGCGCCACACCUGUCUUGGAACAGAGCGAGCUGGAGUCGGCGGGGUAUGAGCAACGUCCCGCCGUCCACUUAUCCCGCACGCCGGGCCAUCCCAUCAAGGCCGAUGAGGGCGGGUGGACUGGCGGGGGACUUGAGGCUGGUGAGGGAGGGGUGGAGACGCUUCGAUCUUGGAUGGGAUGGGAGCCUAAUAAGGAUUUCCAAGUGCGUGAAGACGGCGCACUAGUAUCUGUGGACAGGAGGGUGAAGUUGUGA